GGAAUACCAUAUAUAUGAUGGUGUUUGAUAAUUCACUCAACAUAGCAGAACCAAAAUGCUUCCCUUACCCCUAUUGCCUCAUGAACAGCCUUGCACUUGUUUAUUUUGUUGUUUCACUUUGCUUUCUUUAGGUGCCUUGAUAUAUUUGAUAUGUCAACUAGUGAAGAUAUUUUUGUGCCAUGGUCAUCAGGAUUCAACAGCUAGUAUUCCUCCAGGGACUGGUGGAUUGCCUUUGAUUGGAGAAACCUUACAGUUCAUGGCUUCCAUCAAUAGUGGCAAAGGCUUCUAUGACUUUGUAAGAGUUCGUCGUCUCCGGUAUGGGAACUGCUUUAGAACCAAGCUCUUUGGGGAGACGCAUGUUUUUGUUUCGAGCACAGAGUCAGCAAAGGCAAUCCUAAACAAUGAAUUGGGAAAAUUCACAAAGAAAUACAUAAGGUCAAUUGCGGAACUAGUGGGAGAUCAAAGCCUUCUAUGUGCAUCUCACCAACAACACAAGAUGAUCCGUGGCCAUCUUGCCAAUUUGUUCUCCACCACUUCUAUAUCAAUGUUUAUCAAAAUGGUAGAUGAACUCAUGGUGGAAACUCUUAGUGGCUGGGAACAUGGAAGCACUGUGGUCAUACUCGAUGAAGCACUUAAGAUAACUUGCAAAGCAAUGUGCAAAAUGCUGAUGAGUUUAGAGAGCGGGCAUGAACUAGAGACGUUGCAGAAUGAGGUCGCUCAAGUUUGUGAAGCAAUGCUUGCAUUUCCUUUGCGGUUACCUUGGACAAGAUUCUAUAAAGGCCUUCAGGCCAGAAAAAGAAUAAUUAGCAUUCUGGAGAAGGAAAUUAGUGAAAGAAGAGGCAUACAAACUUUUCACGAAGAUUUUCUACGACAUAUGUUGAGCGAGAAUGAUAAAGCAUCUAGUGAUGAAUCUCCUAGGCUAACAGAUGCAGAGAUUAUAGAUAACAUAUUAACCAUGAUAAUUGCAGGUCAGGAUACAACAGCAAGUGCAAUCACAUGGAUGAUCAAAUUCCUGGAUGAAAACCAAGAUGUCCUUGAAAAACUCAGAAAUGAACAACAGCAUUUAGCAAAGAAAGCUUCACCAAAGUCAUGUCUUACAUUAGAGGAUCUUAGUGAGAUGCCCUAUGCUUCUAAGGUAGUAAAAGAAUCCUUAAGAAUGGCUUCCGUAGUACCAUGGUUCCCAAGACAAGCACUCCAAGAUUGUGAGAUUGAAGGAUUUAAGAUCAAGAGAGGGUGGAACAUAAACAUUGAUGCUAGAUCAAUACACCUUGAUCCUAUGGUGUACAAUGACCCCAAUAAAUUUAGUCCACAAAGGUUUGAUGACGAGUCAAAACCAUACAGGUUCUUAGCUUUUGGAAUGGGAGGGAGGACUUGUCUGGGGAUGAACAUGGCCAAAGCGAUGAUGCUAGUCUUCCUCCACCGUUUAAUCACCACAUACAGGUGGAAGGUGACUGAUUCUGACUCAAGCACCGAGAAGUGGGCUCUCUUUUCAAAAUUAAGAAGUGGUUGCCCAGUGCAUGUGACUCGCAUCCCAAAUGAUGCAUAUUGUCAUUGAUCAUUAUGUAAAGGGUAUAAUUCACACCCAUUUCUUAUUGUAUAUUGUCCAUACAUAUUACCUAUUUCACAUUUUAAAUAUAUAUAUAUCAGUAAAAAAUAAAAAUUAAUAGAUGU